AUGACGGUGCCGUUCACGAAAUUCCUACUGCUUACGCAUUUUAGUAGAUUAGUGCCUGGAGCACGGUUUGCUGUGUAUGCUUUGCCGGUUCCACGCCAAAAUCUUUACAACAGUGUCAAAAAGCACUCGAUUCAAAUGUCGCGUGUACGAAGGCGUUUCCUUUUGUUGCGACGGCUUUCGUUUUACUUGUUACUGCUCUUGCUGUGCGGGGACGUUGAGCUAAACCCCGGUCCCGGGCCAACUUUACAGAUGAUUUUUGAUGGGCAAGAAGCAAUUAAGGCCCAACUUCAAGGCAUUGAGGCCAAUCAACUAACGCAAAAUCUGGUUUUGGAAGAUGUGAAAAAACGGCUGUCAUCGUUGGAAGCACAGGUUGCAACGCUGACAAACUUGGAGUCAGUAGUGAAUGAGUGUAGAAAGAGCUGCGAAGACCAGCAGCGUAUCACACAUUCGCUCAUGUCAAAGGUUGACGAUCUGGAAAACCGUAGUAGGCGAUGCAACCUAGUGUUUUACGGUGUUGCGGAUAAAAAUGCGCAAGAAACAUGGCCUGUAUCUGAAACAUUGGUUCGGGAAAUAUGCGAGACAAAACUUGGCGUAAGGCCUACAGCAAUCGAAAGAGCACACAGGAUUGGCAAAUUCCAGGCGGAUAAAACUCGACCUAUAAUUGCUAACUUUGCGUCGUUCAAAGAAACGCAAACUAUCCUAGGAAAUGCGAAACACUUGAAGGGAACUCGUAUCAGUUUAUCGGAGGAUUUCUCUGACGUAGUGCGCAGAAAACGACGGCAUCUCUGGGAAUUUGCCAAAUCACGCAAAACUGAUGAUACACGAGUUAGACUCAGGCAUUAUGUACUGUAUCUAAAUGAUGUUAAAUAUGUUUUCGACGAUGAUACAAGUCAAGUAGUCCAGUUCAAGUGA